AUGUGCCUCUCGGAAUCGCGCCUCUGGUUCGGCAUCCUCGUCCCGGUCCUCGACCUCGUCGUCGCCGCCAACGCCUGGCCCCGCCGCAAGGUCCUCGGCAUCAUCUUCGAGUCGUUCAUCCUCGCACGCCACCAAGGGCGCCUCGUCAUUUCCGAGGGCAUCGCCCCCGGCCUGCUGCGCGUCCCGCCCGAGAUCUGGCACCUCAUCGAGUCGCACGCGGCGCUCGCGCUGUUCGAGGACGAGAAGCACCGGUUCAUCAAGUCGAUGCACGCCUGUGGCGCCGGGUCCGCCGACUGCAGCUGCGCCGUGUGUACGAGGGACGAGAACCUGACGCUCCUCGGGCACGACUCGCCGGUUCUUGACUGGCCGUGCGUCCUGUCGUGCGACCUGUGCUACGAGGGCUUCCUCGAGGUGAGCGGGAUCCAGGAGAUGCUCGAGGACCAAAAAGAGGACAUCAACCAUCUCCUCGACGCGUUCGACCUCGCCCUCGUCCACGACCGCCCCAUCAGCUACCGGGACAACCCCGUGAUCGACCUCGACGCCACGGCCGCCAUCGGGCUCCUUGUCUCUUCGACCGUCUGUGCAGAAGCCAGCCACGGCUCUGGCGGCUGGGUCAACGCCGUGCAGCGCCUCGACCCGUCCUUCUUCAUCGUCCCGCCCGACGCCCAGGACCGCUUUCGGCGCCUCCUCCGGACGUGCCGGCUCGGGCACGAGGUCCCGAGCGGCAGCUCGCCGUCGCGGUUCCUCCCCUCGACUUCAAGUUCCCCCACCUCUCGUCGCACCCGAGCCGGCACAGCUCCGCCGAGCAACAUGUGCGUCGCCAGUGCGCGCCUGUACUUUGGCAUCACGAUCUCGGCCCUCGACCUCGUCAUCGCCGCCAACGCCUGGCCCGCUCGACGCCGCCUCGCGCGCACCAUCAACCGCAUCUCGAGCCUGCGCGAGUCGGGCCGGCUCAAAGUCAAAGUCAAGGGCAAGGCGCGCCCGUCGUCCCUCUCGUCGUCGUCGUCGGUCCUGCACCGCGUCCCGGGCGAGGUGUGGCAGCUCAUCAAGGUGCACCUCAUGGCGGCCGAGUGGGAGGACGCCGAGCACGCCCUCGUGUGGCGCUGCCACAACGCCGGGCGCGACCUGUGCAAGUGCCGCGCGUGCACGAGGUCGGCGACCAGGCGCGCGUUCGUCGACUGCGCCGACGACAAGGUCCCCCUGCGCCUCGACGAGUUUGGGACGUGCGACGCGUGCAACAACGGGUUUGUGGCGCUUGGCGGCGGCGAGGGCUUGCUCGACGACCAUCGCGACGCCAUCAAGUCGCUCCUCAAGUCGUUCCGCCUCGCGCUCGUCGAGACGCUCCCUCUCGCGCCCGACUGCCCGCGCUACGUCUUUGACUCGUCGGUCGCCGUCUCGCUCCCCGACUGGGCCCAGGUCGACACCGAGGCCCCUCACGGCGAGCUCGACUACGACCACCACCUCGUGUCGAUCGACGCCCACUUGUUCUCCGACGUGCCCCGAGACGCCCAGGUGCGCUUUGGCCGCCUCCUCGCGAGUUUCCCCGUCGAUGAGACGGACGAGACGAGCGCCGAGGUGAGCGGAGUGCACACCCAGUACGUGCGCCGCGGCGGCGGCAGCGGCGGCGGCGGCGGCGGCAAGGUGCGGAAGAAGAAGGACAAGGAGAUGCAGCGGUCGAAGCGGGCCAAGGGCCUCGAGGGCCCGGCGAGGUGGCACCUGUGGAGCUCGGUGUGCGACUGUGGCUGAGACGAGGUCCUCUUUCUCGCUCUCUG